AUGCAUGUCCUUAAGGUAGAACUUAAUCCUUAUAUCAAGUUGAACUAUUAUAAGAUAGUUUUGUAUUUCAAGUGGGAAGGUCAUCCUGCAGAUGGUGUUGCAGCUUUGAUUGUGUUGAUAUCUCAUGCAGAUAAUUUGAAUGAUGUAAUAUUUGGUAACGAGGGUGCUCUAAAAGGGUUGCACAGGGAUGUUGUCGUUAUACUCUGCUCUACAUUAUUACCAUCAGAUAUUCGGAACCUGGAAAAGCAUCUCACAGAUGAUUGUGCGACAGCCUAUCUUGUGGAUGCGUAUGUCUCCAGAGGAAAGUCUGAGUUGUUAGAUGGAAAAGUCAUGAUUACUUCAUCAGGAAGGUCAGACGCCAUUGCAAGGGCUCAGCCUUUUCUCUCUGCAAUGUGUGACAAGCUUUACAUUUUUUAGAGUGAAGUUGGUGCUGGAAGGUGU